AUGCGCAAAACACUCCCACCCCCAUCUCUCAUGGUGCGCAAGUUCAUGAACCACAGCGCCUCAGGACACGAGUCGACUCAAAGCAUGACAGCACCUCUGAACCCUUCUCAAGAAGGCUCAGCACCCGCGGAUCCCUUUGAAAGACAAUACUGCUUUUUCUACGGGACAUUAAUGGAUCCAGAAACACUUUCUCAAGUCUUGAGAACGUCAGACUCCCUUCCUAUCAUGAGCCGUGCCCGAGUGAUAGGGUAUGACAUUAAGCUCUGGGUCCCCUACCCUGACCUUAUUGAUGGCAAGCCACUCCAGCUGGUCGAUGAUAUGGUAUUCGAAAUCUUAUCAAAAACACAACUUGAUCGACUUGUGUCCUAUGAGACGGACAAAUAUCAGUUCCAGCCUUGCCUCAUCGACAUUCUCAACCAUGAUAAUAGUGUUAUAAGUACUGUUGAUGGAGUCACAUUCAUGUGGAAUGGCCAACAAGGGGAACUUCAGGAAGGAAAAUUUGACCUGAAGCAGUGGAAGAAAGAGAAAAGACUUCGAAAUCUGGAUUCACUAUCGAAUUGA